GAGCUGCAAAGCAAUUUAUCUACCUAUCAGGCACAAUUACAACAGGUAGAAGCUGCCUUGAAAGCUGAUGAAGGUAAUGAAGAAUUGAUGAAACUUCAACACGACUUAAAUGAAGUCAUAAAUUUAACAGUUGAUUUGAUUAAAUUGAACACCAAAGGAGAGGUAAGUACUCAUGCUGAUGCUGUUGUAGGGACAUCGUGGAAAGUUGGUGAUAAAUGUCAGGCUGUCUGGAGUAAUGACGGAUUAUAUUAUGACGCAGAUAUCAUUGAAAUAUCGGAAAAUCAAUCGACUUGCGUUGUUACCUUUACUGAGUAUGGAAACACUGAAACGGUUAAGUUAAACUCGCUUAGACACGAAUCAGAGGGCGUAAAAAGACCGAUAUCUGACGUACUUAGUGAAACCAAACCUGAAAGCAGCAGAGCUAAAAAAGAAAAAUUUAAGGAUUACAAGCGCAAGAAGGCUUUAAAAAAGCAACAAAAACUUAAGGACUUAGAAAAAGAGAGAGAGACAGAAAAGAGUAAAUGGCAGCAAUUCAGUAAUAAGGUAAUUACAUAUAUUGGCUCCAAAAAGGGUCUAUUGAAGAGAAGUAUUUUUGCAUCCCCGGAUAGUGUAACUGGGAAGGUCGGAGUUGGAACAUGUGGUAUUAGUGGCCAACCAAUGACUACAUAC